AUGCCCCGCAUGAUCGGUGGUUACGAGUUCUGCUACUCGGACGACGAGGAGUCCACCGCCUCGGAGUCCGACGACUACGAGGACAUCUUGAUUGGAGUCAACGACUUCAAGAAACUUCAGGGAGAGCAUGCUGCUCCUGAGAUGACCAGCACCGACCAUGGCAACAACAGUGCUGCCAAUGGCUCCGAAAUCGUCACCGACGAAGAGACCAGCCGGAAAGACUCCGCCAUGGAUUUGGACGUGUCUGCAGCGUGUGGAGGAGCAAGCUCACUUGCAAAGGAGCUCGAAGAUGACGACGGCUCGCUCUUCGGCGAUGGCGAGCCUCUCUUCGGCGACAGCGACAAUGACUCUCUCUUCGACGAUGAGUCCACCAUGGAGCCAGAGUCGGCGGCAGUGGUCGUUCCGGCCCUCGAGCCAGAGGGGCCGGCCGUUCCAGCGCACAAGUCGGGACUUGCGCUCCCAAAAAAGCCCGCUCCACAUGUGGGCUUGGCUCUCCCGAACAUGGCUCCAGUGAAGUCAUCCCACCACGGCGGCCUUGCACUCCCCUCCAAGCCUAUCGCCAAGGCGACCGAGGCACCAGCUUCCACUCCGGCGGCACCUGCUCAGGUCACAGAGCAGAGACCAGCUCAGGCGAAGCCGUUUCACACCGGCGGCCUCGCUCUACCAUCGAAGAAGACGACCGUGACACCAGCUUCCGCAACGGCCGUCUCCGCUCAGGUCACAGAGCAGGGAACGUCCUCUGGUGAGAGCACCUCACCUGCUGGUCCCAGCACUCCCGUCUCUGCGGCUGGAUCAUCGACCAACGUCACCCCGGCUUCCUCAUGCCCAUCAACUCCGACUCCGGCGCCGAAGCAGGGAAGGAAACGCAAGGCAUCGACUCAGCGUCCCGACCCGAGAUUGGCGUUCAACGACGCUGCCAGAGCGAAUGGCGCUCGAUUGGACGCCGAGCGAGCUGAGAAGAGGAGGAAGAGGGCAGAGGAUGAAAAGGCCGAAAAGGAGGCGAAGCGUCUUGCCGACCCGCACGUGCAGAGAGAUAUGCUGUUCCAUCAGCAGUGGAAGGCGACGAACCCGGGGCCUGAGCAUACUCCUCCCGCCAUUCCGAGUGCCGACCAGCGAUGGAUGAAUCCCAGGCGUGAGGACCGCGACCUCCCGAUUUGGGUCAACCCCGACGGUUCAAGGCGUCAAAUGCCCGUGAGCGACGCAUUGGCAGCGCAGCAGUGCCAGUACUCCGAUGUGUGGUCCGCUCACGCGGCGGAGAAGCAGGCGCGCAGGGCAGAAGUGCAGCGACAGAGGAGGGCCAACCACCAGGCCUUCAGCAACUUCGGACCUGAUCUCGAGGUUCUCGCCGGCAUCCAGGCCAGGGAGCAGGAGGUCAGAGUCUCGAGGGAGAGUGCUGUCGCGGAAGCGAUCAUCGUGAUCGAUGAUGAGUUGGAGGAGGUCCCGUGCAUCGACCUCACCGGCUCCGGCCCAGCACCGCGGACUCCGAGGCGCGUGUCACCGCCAGGAUUGAAGAGGACCCAGGCCUCUUCUGCCAAUCUGGGAGCGCGCUGGGGAGUCAAGCCUGAGAUGGCAAAGCAGUUGGCGAAGGAGGUGGCAGAGAAGGCGGAGAAGGCGGAGAAGGCGAAGAAGUCGGCUGAGAAGAAGUCCCGCAAGUCCAGCGGAGUGUCGAAGGAGCCUGCGGUUGUCCUCGAAGACUGAUGGUCGAUGUUCGAUGGACUGGAGCUUGGGUUUGAGCAAGCAGAGAGCGAUCUCAACUGGUAGUGGCCUUGUAUGCCUUGUUCAGUUGUGUUCUGAGAAGUCUUUGCAUUGGAAGAGGACUACAUAUACCCCAUGCACGAAGUAUUCGACCUGUAUGUCAAAAUUUGCAACAUCUGUUUUAUGCAUAACCGUUCCAGCUUCAAAAACAAGUAGUCUCGUCCAAGCAAACACAAUGUAUCGGCCUGCUCGUU